AGAGCCCGGCGUCCGUCUCCUAGCAACCACCCGACAACAUGAUGGCGCGGCCGAACGAGCAAGGGAAUGGGCGCUUUCUGAACGGACACUCGUGGAUAAUGGAGGCGCCGGCGGGUAACGAGAGCGAUGUGGCCGAGUUGGAGGAUGAGGAGGAGGCGGAGGGUUUGGAGCUGGUGUGGGAGCUGGUGGAGGAGGUGGCCAGGGAGUGGGCCGGCGACGCCGUGGACGAAGCGGUGGAGGAGGCGGCGGUGGAGGGGAUGUUCAUCGACAUGCUGGACGACGGCACUAGGGAGCUGGCGCAGGAGUUCCUCCAGGAGCUGCUGGCCAAUGCCCUCAGCAGCAGCGACAGCAGCAGCACAGGGGAGUGCGAGGAACUGGUGGAAGAGGAGGAAGAGGAAGAAUUUGAUGGUAUAUUGACAGAAGAUAUAUUGGUGGAAAGUUUGUCAAAUCUGAGACACUCAGCAACUGGACUGGAACAGGCCUAUCUCCAUCUCUCCUUGCCUAAUAAUGAACUAAGUGAUAUUUCUAUUCUUUGUAACUACAUUCACCUACAGAAGUUGGAACUUCCUAACAAUAAAAUAACAGAUUUGCGUUGUGUAAGUUAUAUGCCCUACCUGUUACAGUUGGAUGCCUCUCAUAAUGCUCUGAACUCACUCACUGGCCUGAAACUACCGAAAAACAUUGAGGAAGUGGACUUGUCCUUUAACGAGAUAUCUGACAUGAAGGAACUAUCAGGCUAUCCGUUUCUUUCCAAACUGAAUUUGGACAACAACCAAAUUCAGGCAAUUGCAGGCUUGCAGAACUGCAGAAGUCUCUCCUUCCUCAGCAUGGUAAAAAAUAGACUGUUGGAAAUCGAUUACCUGGACCACUUGCCAAUUAAAUUUCUUUUCCUUCAAGGUAACCAACUAGUAAAUGUGAAAGGACUGGUAAAUUUGAAACGCCUACACAAGCUGGAUUUGUCGAAAAACAACAUAGAAACUCUGAUUGGUUUGGAGGACCAUGACCUGUUGGAAACAAUCAAUCUGGAUAACAAUCAGAUUAGCGACCUGGAUGAAAUAAUGCACCUGCGAAACCUUCCGCUUUUGAGGGACCUGAACCUACUCCACAACCCAAUACAGAAAAAUCCAGAUUAUUUGUUGUGGACUCUUUUCGUAAUACAGAAACUGACCACACUGGACGAUAAAAAAGUGAAAGUAACUGAUAAGGUUCUGGCCAUGAAUAAAUACAACCCUCCUCCUGAAGUGGUAGCUGCCAACGAUCACAUGACCAAUAUUAUGUAUCGUUUUCUACAAACCCAGAGAAUUUAUGACAGCACUUUGCCUAACUUUGAUAUUCCGUACCCAAUGUUGGUUCUGGUAGGGGCUCAGGGCUCUGGCAAACGAAAACUUUGUCUUAUGCUUUGUCAUGAAUUCAAUGAGUAUUUUGGAUAUUGCAUCAGCCACACAAGCCGAACUCCUUACAAUGGCGAAGAGAAUGGAAAAGAAUAUCAAUUUGUGUCCAAUGAAGAAUUUGAAGAAAUGAUUCAAAUGGGGAAAUUUAUCGAGACAGUAAAGCAGGAUGGAUGUUACUUUGGCCUCAGCAGAGAUGCACUGGAAACUGUAGCCAAUAGGGGUCUGGCCUGCUGCAUUCACAUGGGACUAGAGGGAGUCCGCAGCUUGAAGAGGACAUACUUUGAGCCUCGGUACAUUCUCCUGAUCCCAAACAAUAAGGAAGAGCACGAGAAAAGAUUAAGGUUUAGAGGCGCGAUCAAUGAAUCACAAAUCAAUCGUGCUCUAUCCAAAGUUGAUAAUUAUAUCAGCAUAAACCAAGAAUUUCCAGGCUAUUUUGAUGCUGUGAUUAACUCUGAUGAAAUUACGGAUGCGUACGCGGAGCUAAGCAAGCUGAUAAAAGAGUAUCUGAGCCUCAAUGUGCCAAAAACCGAUGAAAGUAGCAAAAGCCUGGAUGAUGAAAGAUGGCAGAUGUCUAAUUUGAUGACCACGGUUCCAUCUAGUGAAAAUGAACAAAACUGGAGUUCAAUUUCAUGGGCCACUGGCUACCCUCCUGAAUUUGUGGACUCCUCCACCAGAAAUUAUUCUUCCAGAGUACAGGCUAGACUGUCAGCACAAAAAUCAGCCUUGGAACAAGAUUCCAUUGAGCAACGACAGAUGAUAGCGCGGGAGGCUGUGAAGGGGAUAUCUCGAAAUGUUAACACCUAUCUGUUCAAAAGGGUUCGAGACUUCAAUUUCUUGAAGAGUGAGUUAUCAGUAUGGACAUCUGGCACAUCUAUUAUGCCCUUUGCAAGUACCUCGGUUCAGGAUGUUGAACUUGGGAGCAUUUCUGGUUCAGCCAGCUCUGAGAUAACCCAAAUCAGUAAUGGAGAGUCAUUGCAUUCAUCAGCUGGUGUAUUUGCAGACAAGUCCAUGUCUAUUGAAACAGAUUCUGACUCAUCUGUGCAGCUUAAUAAUGAGAUCAUGCAAAACAUGGAAAUGAAUCUUCUAUCAGAUUUGCAGAUAACACUAAAAGGUACUAGGGGUUUAGUUGACAGAGACAAAGCUGGCACUGCAGAAUCACCAAGCGAUUUACAGCUUCUGUCCAAGAAGCAAUUCGCCAAAACCAAUGAGCCAAUUACUCUGCGACUUGGAUUCAACGUCAAGCCUGUUCUGCCUGGAAUUCCAUCUGGGCGGACAACUGCUGAAAUUCCAGUGAAUCCAGAGCCAGCCAUAUGCCCCUUGAAAUAAAAACGUUCCCAGCCCAGACACUGUAUCUGAAAUAUCAAAAUUAAAAGUUUUAUUCUUAAGUCUUCUGAUGA